GCGCGCACACGUGGACGCGAUGAAGCGCGCGAGCGGUGGAGCAGUUCUCCGGGAUCCGCGCGGUCAGAAGCUGAUGGAGCUCGCGCUUCAGACACCUGGCAGCAGGCUGUGAGCGGGCGAUCAGAGACACUUUCUUUGCUGAUUGUUGGUAAUGAAAAGGAGCAUCUCUGCCAGCUGGCGGGUCUCCAGAUGUGUGUGGCUGCUGAUUGGAGGAGGCUGUACUGGUGGGUGGUGCUCCAGUGGGUAGUGGGCGUGGCUUCAUCAGGACCCUGCGCUCAACGCUGCGACUGUUUGGCAAAGCUCCUGAUAACGAACUGUUCAUCAAGACAACUGUCUUCCGUUCCCGCGGGUGUCCCUGACAACACCCUGUCGCUUAACUUGACCGGUAACCACUUAAAGACUCUGUCCAGGGGGCAGUUCUCCGGUCUGACACGGUUACACGAGCUGGACCUCAGCAACAAUGAGCUGACGGUGAUCGAGGUCGAAGCCUUCGCCGGCCUGAAGAACCUCCUCACGCUCAGAUUAUCCCACAACCGGCUGAAGAUCAUCCCGGUCGGAGCCUUUUCCGACCUCCCCAACGUUCAGUUUCUGGACAUCGGCCGGAACGAGAUCUUGGUGUUCCUGGACGACAUGUUUCGAGAGAUGCCGAGUCUCCAGACGCUGGAGGCCAGCGAGAACGACCUGGUGUUCAUCUCCAGCCGCGCCUUCAGUGGCCUGACCAACCUGCAGGAGCUGAACCUUGACCGCUGCAACCUGACCUCGGUGCCGAUCGAAGCCCUGUCGCAGCUCACCGGACUCAUGCAGCUGCGCUUCCGCAGACUCGGACUCACCACGCUUCCCAACAACUCCUUCCGCCAGUUGGGACGCUUGCGGGAUCUGCAGGUGUCUCACUGUCCUUGGUUGAACUCGCUGGCCACCAACAGUCUGUUCGGACUCAAUCUCACAUCGCUGACGCUGAGCCACUGCAACCUGAGCGCCGUGCCGUAUUCCCCGCUGCAUCACCUCGUCUACUUGCGAUACCUAGACUUGUCCUACAACCCAAUCACUGUCAUCCUUUCCAACCUCCUUGGGGAUUUGCUUCGACUCCAAGAGCUGCAUCUAGUCGGUGCCGGGCUCCUCCGAAUAGAGCCUGGUGCUUUCCGCAACCUUGCAUUUUUCCGGCUCCUUAACGUGUCGGAGAACCGUCUGGCGACGCUGGAGGUGUCGGCCUUCCACUCGGUCGGUUCUUUAGAGGUUCUUCGGUUGGACGGGAACCCGUUGGCGUGUGAUUGUCGGCUUCUCUGGGUGAUCCGCAGUCGUCCGUGGCUUCUCUUCGAAGGGCGUUCUCCAGUUUGUGUCACACCUGUGCAGGUGCAAGGCAGGACUUUCAGUGACUUUACGGAGGCUGAGAUCCCCAGGACGUUCACCUGCCGGCAGGCUCGCAUCCUUACUCGUAAACCGCAAGACGUUCGGACGGACGAAGGCCACACGGUGUUGUUCUUCUGCGCGGCCGACGGAGACCCGGCGCCGUCGAUUAUCUGGCUGAAUCCCAAACGCUCGGUGCUCACCGGCUCGGGCCGGAUUCGUGUGCUCUCCAACGGGACUCUAGAGGUGCGUUACGCACAGGUUCAGGAUAGCGGCUACUAUCUGUGCGUCGCUUCGAAUGCCGCGGGGAACGACAGCAUCUCAGUGAGCCUUCGGGUGCGAGGUUUUCCCUCAUCCGCUCGCAACCGCUCCGGAACGUUCUUUCUGGAAGGAUGGAGCUUCACUUCCGGGCAAGCGGCGGUUAACGGAUCGCAGCCGUUUCCGUUCGACGUGAAGACGCUGGUGAUCGCGGUUACCAUGGGCUUCCUGUCGUUCCUGAGCUCGGUGGCCGUCUGUUUCAUCUUCAUGUUUUUCUGGAGUCAGAGCAAGGGACAGAUCAAACACACGGCGACGAUCGACUUCGUGCCACGCAGCGCUGCGACGGCGUCCGGAGGCGGACGGACAACGAUGGAGACGGGGAGGUUCACCAUGAAGCUGAUCUGAAGACUAACAAAACUGAGGUGUUUGAGGUGCUACUAGAUAUCCAGAGUUUUCCCAUAAGCUUCCGCAUGAGGGUAAGAUGUCUGAAUGUCAGUCACUGCUCAGUAUUGCUCUUGCUGAGUAUUUUUGUCUUGUUUCCCAGUACAAAUAUGCAAGCACUUUUAAAUUAAGAUACUUUUACGGAAGAAGUGAGUGAUUAAAACAAGAACAAAUAUCUGCCACUGGGACAUUAAGAAUUGUGUGAAUAUGUGACGAGUUUAUAUGAAUGCAUGUCUGAGGGGAACUUACUUUAGAAAAAGUUUAGAUGGUAUUUUUCUCUUCAUCUUGUCUCUGUAUGAAGCAUAUUAAAGUUCAUAAGUGCAGUACUGCUUUGUUUACAGCGGUAACCAAGGAAACGCUUUAAGCUCCCCCUGCUUUAGUAUUCAUAAGUGCUUUGUUUACAGCGGUAACCAAGGAAACCCUUUAAG